CCAUUUCUUCAAUCCACCGGAGACAUUGCAGUUGACUCAGUGCGAUAGCCACUCACUAUCAUCUUUCAAACUGAGCACUCUCCUCCCAUCCACAAUGGCAGCCAGAAAUACCCUCCGUCGCGCCCUUCUCUACAUCCCGGGCUCCUCCCAGCGCUUCAUCGACAAGUCCCGCACUCUAACCGCCGACUGCGUGGCCUACGAUCUCGAAGACAGCGUAACUCCGCACAAGAAAGCGGAAGCUCGGUCCCUGGUGCGGAGAGCGCUCGACGAGCCCGCACCGCAGGGAAUCCGCGAACGAGCCGUGCGAAUCAACUCCGUAGACAGCGGCCUCGCCCUAGGUGACCUCACCGAAGUGCUCAAAUCCCCCAACCUCACCACAAUCGUAAUCCCCAAAGUCAACACCCCCUCGGACCUGACCUUCGUGAACGACGUCAUCACACACACUCUCUCACAACAGCAACAAACACAAGACCCCUCAACCCCCCGAACUCCCAUUUCCCUCCUCGCUCUCGUCGAAUCCGCCAAAUCCCUCACAAACCUCACCCAAAUCUGCGCUUCCACGCCCCUCCUGCAAGGCCUCAUCUUCGCAGCCGAAGACUUCGCCCUCGACCUCAGCAUCACUCGCACCCCAUCACUGACGGAGUUUCUUUUCGCAAGGUCGAUGAUUGCUACUGCUGCUCGCGCUGCGAACCUCCCCUCGACUAUCGAUUUGGUCUGCACGGCGUAUAAAUCUACCAAGGGGGACGGGUCCCCGCCUGCGGUGCUGGAGGAGGAAUGUCGUGAUGGGAGACGGUUGGGGUUCAAUGGGAAGCAGUGUAUUCAUCCGUCACAGGUCGAAACGGCGCAGGCGAUCUUUGGACCGGAUCCGGAGGAAGUUAAGUGGGCUGUGAGGGUGUGUGUGGCGGAUGAGAAGGCUGCCAGGGCCGGGCGGGGUGCGUGGACGCUGGAUGGGAAGAUGAUUGAUGUGCCGGUGGCGGAGAAGGCCAGGGCGGUGGUUAGGAAGGCUGAGGCGUGUGGAUUCGAUGUUAGGGGUUUGAGGGAGGAGUGGGGCCACCAGGAGCCGGAGUGAUGAAGAUGAUUACAGAUGAUGUGCGUGUCCUUGAGUGAGUGGAGUUAUAUACAAGUAGUCAAGCCAGUUGACAAAUGAGGAAUAACUAUAU